AUGGGUGUCCCAGCGCUUUUCAGAUGGCUUUCCAACAAGUAUCCUAAGAUCAUCUCCCCCGUUAUCGAGGAGUUUCCGCAAGAAAUCAACGGCGAAGAGGUUCCCGUGGACACCACGCGUCCCAAUCCCAAUGGAGAUGAGAUGGAUAAUUUGUACCUGGAUAUGAACGGUAUCGUUCACCCAUGUACUCAUCCGGAAGGAAAGCCGCCACCGUCGAACGAGCAGGAGAUGAUGCUGGAGAUCUUCAAAUACACCGACCGUGUGGUGAACAUGGUCCGCCCGAGGAAGCUUCUGAUGAUUGCUGUCGAUGGUGUCGCGCCACGCGCAAAGAUGAACCAACAACGAGCCCGUCGGUUCCGCUCUGCUCAGGAAGCCAGAGAGGCAGAUGAGAAGAAGGAAGAAUUCCGCAAAAUGCUUGAGAGGCAAAACGGCAAGAAGGAAGACGAGGAUAUGCAGGAACAGGUCAUCCAGAAGACGUGGGAUAGCAAUGUCAUUACCCCGGGAACGCCUUUCAUGGAUAUUCUCGCGGCAGCUUUGCGCUACUGGAUUGCUUACAAGCUCAAUACCGACCCCGCUUGGGAAAAGCUUAAAAUCAUCAUUUCGGAUGCGACAGUUCCGGGUGAAGGUGAACACAAGAUCAUGGAGUUCGUCCGGUCACAGCGCGCGUCGCCAGAGCACGACCCCAACACCCGCCACGUCAUCUAUGGAUUGGAUGCCGAUUUGAUCAUGUUGGGUCUUGCGACUCAUGAGCCCUAUUUCCGGGUCCUACGUGAGGAUGUCUUCUUCCAGGAGUCAAGGGCUCGGACAUGCCGGCUAUGUGGACAGGCAGGCCACAAGGCGGAGGAAUGCAAAGGUCAGGCAAAGGAGAAGAAUGGAGAGUUCGAUGAGAAGGGUAAAGGAACCUCACUCAAGCCCUUCAUUUGGCUCAAUGUGUCAAUCCUUCGGGAAUACCUUGCUGCGGAACUGUACGUUCCGCAACAACCGUUUCCCUUCGACUUGGAACGUGCUCUGGAUGACUGGGUCUUCAUGUGUUUCUUCGUAGGAAAUGAUUUCCUUCCUCACUUACCCUCCUUAGAUAUCCGUGAAAAUGGCAUCGACACUCUGAUAGCUAUUUGGCGUGAUAAUAUCCCCGUCAUGGGCGGGUACCUGACCGAGGAUGGACAUGUUGACCUCAAGGGGGCCCAGCUUAUUCUGCAAGGACUGGCCAAGCAAGAGGAUGCUAUUUUCCGUCGUCGUAGACAGGCCGAGGAGAGGAGGGCUGCCAACGAGAAGCGCCGCAAGCAGGAAGCACAAGCGCGUGAAGAAGGUGCUAGGAAGCGGAGAAAAAGCUCUCCCAACUACGAAGCCUACGAGACACCUGCCGGCAAUCCUAGCGGUGGUCGGUCUAAGGGUGCCGCAGAUGCGGCGCCUCCCAAUGCCGUGGAACUGAUCACGCCUCAACGGGGAGAACUGACCCGGGAGGCGAGGCAGUUGACUCACAGCAUGGUUACUAACCGCGGUGCGGUGUAUAAGGCUAACAUGGCGAACAAGAGUGCCGCGGCCAUCCUGAAGAGCAAGCUCAUGAAAGGUUCGGAGGCUGAAGAACCCUCCGAGAACACCGAAGAAUCCGGGUCAGAAGCUCCAGAGCCUUCCGAGGAGAAGACCGAAGAGCAAACUUCGCCUUCGGUUCUCGGUAAGAGAAAGGCGGAUGAGGUGGCAGAGGAGGCCGCAACGACGCCGACCAAGAAGCCAUCCGCGGGCGACUCUCAAAACGAUGAAUUGCCGCCCGACACUGUCCGCCUGUGGGAAGAAGGAUACGCUGAUCGGUACUAUGAGCAGAAGUUUGGCGUCGAUCCCGAAGACAAGGAGUUCCGCCACAAGGUCGCACGGGCGUAUGCCGAGGGUCUUGCUUGGGUUUUGAGAUACUAUUUCCAAGGAUGCCCCUCGUGGACGUGGUACUACCCUUACCACUAUGCGCCAUUUGCGGCUGAUUUCGUGGAUAUUGGCGAAAUGGAGUUGCAAUUUGAAAAGGGAACCCCAUUCAAGCCCUUCGAACAGCUGAUGGGAGUUCUUCCGGCUUCUUCCAACCACGCUAUCCCUGAAGUCUUCCAUGAUCUGAUGAGCGAUCCGGAUAGUGAGAUCAUCGAUUUCUACCCGGAAGACUUCCCCGUGGACCUGAACGGCAAGAAGUUUGCUUGGCAGGGUGUCGUUCUACUUCCCUUCAUCGACGAGAAGCGACUACUGGCUGCGAUGGAAAAGAAAUACCCUCUUCUCUCUGAUGACGAGAAGCUCCGGAACUGCGUGGGCCGGGAUGUGUUGUUGAUCUCCGAGAGCCACCCACUGUACCACGAUCUGGUGGCCAACUUCUAUUCCAAGAAACAGGGAGCCCCCAAGUACGCCAUCAAUCAGCGAAUCAGUGAAGGUUUGGCUGGUAAGGUCGAGCGCAAUGAGUCGUACAUCCCGCACAGCUCCUUGGUAUCGUCUCUUGAAGAAUACGGGAUGCCGAGUUUGGAUGAUGAUCGAUCUCUCACGGUCAAUUACGAAAUCCCCAAAUCCAAGCACGUCCACAAGUCCAUGCUCCUUCGGGGCGCCAAGCUGCCACCCCCGACCCUGGACAAUGCGGAUAUCCAGGCCGUCAAGAACAAGGCACAGCACUCGGGCCGAUUCCAUGGAGGAGCUCCGCUUCGCAAUGGCCACCGGGGAGGCCGGAUCAACUAUGCCAGUGAGCGGCCGAACCCAUUCGCGGCCCAUCUGGACCCCAAGUUCAUGCCGCCCGGUAACAGUGGUGGAGCGCCGACGGGCAUGCCUUCUGGAUGGGUUCCUCCGAACGCUGGAGGCGGUGGUUACAACCGCGGGCCACCGCCACCUCCCCGCGGAGGAGGAGGAGGUUACCACCAGCGAUCGCACUAUGGCGGUGGUGGUGGUGGUGGUGAUUCCUACAACCAACAAAUGGGCAAUUACGACUACUAUGGACGUAGUCAACAAGGAUACUAUCAGCAGCAAGGAUCCUACGGUGGUAGCAACCACAACAACGCGUACCGUGGACGCUCAUCCAACUACGGGGGAUCCGACCAUCGCGGUGGGUAUAGCCGCGGAGGUUAUUCAGGUCGGGACCACUAUUCGUCCCGGAACUCUGGCGGUGGUGGAGGAGGUGGAUAUGGACGGUAUUAG